AUGGAGUGUCAUGCGACAUGUUCGCCAAGUAAAGCAAAGAAAGCAACCCCGUUUAGAAGAAUCAUGGAAACUUGCGAAGCUAAAACAACACAGCUAAAUAAAAACUUUGAUUUCGACUUGAUCAUGUUUGAUUAUUAUAUGCCACCAAACAAGGAUCUAUACUUAGAAUAUCUCAAGUGUAACGAAAAGUGGAGAAACACUAAAUUACCAUUCACAGAAAAAGUUUGGAGAAUGAUCAAAUGUGUUUACCAACAGGAUCCAGCAAAUUUUGUUUUCGUCUGA